AUUCAGCGUCGAGAAUGGUAGGCGGCGGUGCCGGGCAGGCGGCGUCAGUGCCGUGUAGUUGUGGGAGGUGGGCAGGCGAGCAAGACAGACGUGGCUUCGACAGCGUCGAGGAGCUGAGGGGAUUUAAACAAAAUAUACACAUUUGUACCGUUCACGCCAGGGCUAUUUAAAACAAAGAAAAAGCAAAACAGUUUACAUUUUCAUCCAUCAUGGGUCUGAGGAAGAAAAGCAAAAACCCCGCCGUCUUCAGUCAUGAAUUCGUGAUCCAAAACCAUGCGGAUAUCGUGUCGUCCGUCGCAAUGGUGAUUCUGCUGGGGCUGAUGUUCGAGGUCACGGCCAAAUUUGCCAUCAUGUUUAUAACCGUACAGUACAAUGUGACGUACACAGAUAUAGAUGAGCGAAAUGAUUCUAUAAACUACUAUGCGUACGGGUUUAAAGACUUGGCCACCAUUUUCUUUUAUAUGUUGAUAGCUAUCAUUCUACAUGCUGUGAUACAAGAAUAUAUUUUGGAUAAAAUAAACAGACGACUGCAUUUGUCCAAAACCAAGCACAGUAAAUUUAAUGAGUCUGGCCAGCUCGCAUUCUUCUAUUUGUUUUCUUUUAUAUGGGGAGGAAGCAUAUUGACAGGGGAAAAAUUUGCAACAGAUGCUACACUCUUAUGGGAAAAAUAUCCACAUGCACACAUGUUCUUUCAGGUGAAAUUUUUCUACAUUUGCCAGAUCGCCUAUUGGCUCCAUGCGUUACCAGAGCUCUAUUUUCAGAAAGUUAGAAAGGAGGAUAUCGCUCGACAGCUGUACUACAUUUGCCUUUACAUAUUCCAAAUCACUGGUGCCUAUAUAUUAACCCUCCACAGAUUGGGUUUGAUUCUCUUGGUGCCGCAUUGCCUGGUAGAGCUUUUGUUUCAUGCAUCACGACUAUUUUACUUCAGUGAUGAAAACAAGCAAAAAGGUUUCACUCUGUGGGCUCUGCUUUUUGUAAUGGCCCGCCUUCUCACUUUGACCUUGUCUGUUCUCACUUUUGGCUUUGGCCUGGCGAGAGCAGAGAAUCAAGACUUUUCAAUAGCAAAUGGAAAUUUCAACACAUUGACUGUCAGGAUUAGUUGCUUAGCAGCUAUUUGUUUAACACAAGCAUGGAUGAUGUGGAAGUUUAUUAACUUCCAGCUGAAGAAGUGGAGGGAGCACACUCAGAAUCAAAUCCCUAAAAAGAAAGUAGCCAAUACAAAGAACAAACCAUCAAAAAAAGAAUACAAGUCAAACGCAUCUAAUGGGACAGUGAAGACAGAAUGUGGAACAUCGCCACGGGCAAGGAAAGCAAAAACUUCAUGAAGUUGGAUUUUAAAAUGAGAAAUUUUCAAGAGAAAGAAAACUGAAUAAUCUCAUUUGUUCCAUCAUGGCUCGCCCUUAAACCACUCUACUUUCAUCAUUUUUGCAGAUCUGAGUUAAGCAGACAAAUUGAUGAUGACCCCACCCCCAUGAGAGGCUCUUCUGAUUGUAGGCUUUUGCAAAGAGAAAUGGUGUCGCACACAGAGCUGUUUGCCAAAUUCUCAAAUGAUAAAGCUCUACUCUGAUGUGCAUUUUUUUUGUGCUGUUGUCAGUUUUGGAUGGACCUAAAUGAUGAAAAUGUAGCUGUGGUAAAGGGGGUGAGAGAAUUCAGCCAAUUAGAUGCCUCUCUCAAGGGCCAUCAUGGGCCUUAUUACCAAUGCAGCAAGUGUGAAAUUCAAUGAGUUAGGCACAUGGACAGAUGACCUUUUGGGUUGGGAUCUUUCAGACACAGACUCAGUUCCUCCAGACUUUUUUUAGUUUUUUUUCUUUUACUCAAGAUUCCAGCACCUGCAGUUUCUUUUAUAUCCAGUGAGUUUUUUUGUGCUACUUCAUUUGAGGGACUGUGUAUCAUACCAGUCCCCAGCAAAUUGUUAGCACACAUUGAAGCAUGAAAUGUAACAUUUCUUCGUACUAUAUUUCUCUCUGCAUCAAAAGGAGAACACCUCCUCACCCACCAGUUAUUGUGUGACAGUCUCCUGCAUUACACUAAAGAUGCUUUGAUCCCAAGAAUACAAUGUUGAGUAAUGCCCAUUUUAUAUUUACAGACAUUUGCUCUAAUCAAAUAUGUAAUUUAUUUUGCUGCAGAUAAUCACAACUCAUUUGGGUUUCUCAGCCUCUUUGGGCACCUGGGUGUUUUUAAAGGUUGGUAAAUGCUGCCAUUAAUACCCUAACAUUUUAUACAUAGUUUGUUUUACUUUUAUGAUUUAAAGGAAAUAGUCUGUAUGUGUUUUGACACAUCCCUGAUGACUCCCUUUAAGUUUAUUCAAGUGUCCUUGAUUUUACUUGUAAAGAAUGACCAUCCAAAAAUAGCCUUGUUGCAGCGACAAUGUAACUUGGCUCUUUUUUUUAAAGUUAACGGAGAAAGGCCGUCUGUUCUUGUCUAUAUACUGUAUUCUUGAUCAUUUUAGCCACUUUAUAAACUUGCCAGCACAGUGCUUUGCGAUUGAUGCAUAAUGGGUUCUGUGCCUUAACAUGACAAAUGUUGUCUACUUCUGUAGUCUUAAAAUGACAAGGCAUCAAAGUUAAACCACUAUCGGCACUAUUUAUUCUUUCAUCAGACAAACAAGCUUUUACCUUGUGUUUUAAUACCGUUUUUAACAAAAAGGAUUGUUUACAAAGUAAAAAGUGUUUUACUGUUCUAAGGUGACAGAUCUGGCUUGUCUUUAAUGACAACUGCAUCAAAAGUAUUUUACAUGACAGAUGUUAAGACUUAUUUAAAGUAGAUUAUUUUCCAAACAUGCUUAAUUUGGAAACAAUCUUGUCCUUUAUGUUUCCUUCUAAGAGUUCAAUGCUUUCAAACAGCUCUUUCUCUCAGGACAUUCUUCUUGUUUAGGGUAAUCUUUCUUCAAAUCUUUACUUUUAGUCCCUUUACCUGUCUUAACUAAAAGAUUCUUUGCGGGAUUUUGAUUUUUUGGGAUAGUUAAGCCUGUGGCUGAUGCAACUUCCAAGUUUUAUUUAUCUUCAAAAGGUAUUUUUUUUAUCAAUCUCCACUGUAAUUAAAGUAGUGUAAUGGGAAAAUAACUCCCAAUUAAUUUGGUUGAUUUCUACUAUGUGCUGUAAUAACUUGGUCAAUUCUCAAAUUAUUUAAAAAAAACCCAAGGGUAUUUUAAAAGAAUUGAUGAAUGAAGGCUUGUGUAAGUACUUGUCUUUUACAAAAUUCUUCACAUCCAUACAUACUAAAUAACAUUUGUGUUUGUGUGCAUUAAAUCUACCAAAUGAGCAUGCAUACACUCAGUUGUCCAAUUAAAACAAAUCACCACAUAUACACAAAUAUAUACUAAAUCGCCUUGUGUGCAAGCCUAUACUGACUCAUUUGUAUUGAAUCACUGCAUCUGGAGUUAAUAUCGUUUAAUCGUAAAAUAUACUGCAUUGAGAAUUCAUUGACCAUGUGCCAUAUUGUUGUGUAUGUACAUAAAAAAACAAAUGGAUAUGAAGUACAUUUGUGCACACUCCAUCUAUAUUGAAUCACCAUCUUUGUCAUUUGUGCAACAAAAAAAAAGACUGCACUCGAACACUGGUAUAAUGCCACUGAGAAGAGUAAACAUACCUGUUUUGUCUUUCUAUAAAGAUAGGAAGCUGCAUUGUUCUUGUAAAAUUCUAUGAACAAUUCCAUGAAUUGUUUCCUAACACAAAGUUUGAGGUAAAUCCCACUAUUUCAUACUGAUUAACACAAUGUGUUGGUGGCCACAUUGGAGCAUAAUCCAUGUGUCUUUCAUGCUGCCUGCCUGCUGCUGUGAAUGUUGCAUGUACAAUCGACAUACAAGAAAGUAAAAUUUACUGUUAGUUUUUCUCAAACACUUGUGAUAGGAGUGGAGGACAAAAUGUACAUCCUGCCAGUGAUAGCACUGUUUUCAACCUCUUGUUCUAUUCCAGCUCUGACAAAGGACUAUCAAUGGGAAACAUGCCCUUACUGAUGUGAUGGUUGGAGUAAUUUGCAUGUAGUCGAUAGAUGUAUUUUCUCUGUGGACUGUAAAAAAUAUGAUUACUGCUGCACUUUGUUAGUGCUUUAAGGAGACAGGACAUCCCGUGUGACUGACAGGAUGGGCAGAUUUGAACAGAAUAUCGAUGUUAUCCUUGAGGAAAUUCUGAAACUCCAAUGGGAUAUCUCACAAAGCAGUUAUUUCCCCAGUCUAUUUUCAUGCAAGUGUAUAUAAAAUGUAAUUGUCCCUUUUUGGAAAUAGAAAGGGAGGCUACUAUGGGUAAAGAGCAGAUUAAACUUCAUUAUAUUAUGACCUGAAACAUAACCACUUAGGUGGUUAGUUGAAAUGAGAAUAGUCCUGAAUGUCAGAAGCUUUUCUAAACUCAGUCAUGUAAAUGUUAAUUUGUUUUUCUAAUGCAUUUUGUGAAUCAAUGUAACUGUAACAGCUUGUUCCUGAUGCAUUUAUUUUUAAUGCAUCAAAUCCCCCCCCCCCCCCUCCCCCUCUAUUGACAAAACAGAACAUAGUUCAAGAUGACUUUUAUUUAAUUCUACAUGGUUUGUCAUUUGUUACAUUUAGUUGUGGGUUGUGGAACAUGGUAUUGUGUUUCUUUUUGGUCGCUACUUCAAACAUCUUCAAAAGCCAAGCUCUGUAAAUGUAUGUUUGGCAGCAGGGGCUUGUAGGUUGAAAAUACACUUUGAAUCUGUAAUAAAAGCACUAUUUCUGUAAUUUGAAAAUAAACUUGUUCCCUCAUCUGAAA